AUGUUUCCUGAUCAAAUUUUGUCCCUACGAUUGCAUCCUGAUCCAAUGGAUGGGGAAGCAUUUUCCGGUGAAUUUCAGUGCAUCCCACUUCUUCCGCCAGAGGGAUUUGCAGCUUCUCACCGGGUUACAGUUGCUCCACCGGCGACUAUCACCACCUCAGCUCGCCACAGUCUCCGACGAACUUCUCCACCAUCGAAGAACCACCACAUCAACACCAUUGUUGCCGCCUGUCUCCGUCGAUGUCAACUAUCUCCGGUGACAUCCACUGUCUCCGACGAACUUCUCCACUGGCUCCACUGUUUUCAGCUCUACAACCACAGCAAGCAAGCCGAUAAUGCGACCAACAACAACGAUGAAAACGAUGAUGGGGAAGACGAUUAG